AUGCCACCGAGGAAGAGCCCGAGGGGAAAGACGGGCUUCUUUGGCGUGAGGGUGAAACCCUCCGGCAACUUCGGGGUCGAGUUCUCCGACGCCAGCCGCCACUUUUGGCUCGGCACGUACCGCACCGUCCGCGAGGCCACGCGUGCCUACGACGUGGAGUGCCGGGAGGCCGAAAGACAGAAGAAAAAGAAGGAGGACGAGGCCGUCCCCUCGAUGGUGAUCCCCGUCGGGUCCUCGGAGGAGGACUGGGGCGACUCGGAGGAGGAGGAGGGUUGUGACGGAUCGGACAAGGAUGAGUUCUGGAAGCAGUUCGAGAACUCUGAUGACGAUAGUAGUUUUGUCUUCGGAGUAGUUCAAGAUUGGAUGGCUUCCUCCCACAUCAGGUCCACGGACCAUGUCUAG